CUUGACCUUGUUUGUUUCCAAUCCGACCAAGCCGUCAGCCUUCUGGGGAGCGCCAGUCGGACUGGGACGGAGCCGGGUGAGCCAUGCGGCUCCUUCUCAAGACACUGCUGCUGGGCUGGCUGUGUGGGGCCUUUGCCGCAGAGGAGUCCUGCGAGGGGCGCUGCGACCAAGGCUUCGACGACCACAAGAAAUGCCAGUGCGAUGAUCUCUGCGUGUACUACCAGAGCUGUUGCAGCGAUUACUUAACAGUCUGUAAACCCAAAGUGACCCGGGGGGAUGUCUUUGUUCGGCCAGAGGAUGAGUACUUGGAUUAUGACUAUGACGUCAAUCUGAAUGCCACCACGACCACGGCCAACCCCUUCUCGGAACCAGUGAGCAGCGAGCCCUGGCCAACGGAAGAAUCAUGGCCCCAGGAGUCCUGGCCAACAGGAGAGUCAGAGGUGGCCGUCGAUCCAACCUUCUCACCGGAGACGGUCACCGAAGAGGCAGAAGAAGAGUCCUUGUGCAGCGAGGAACCCUUUGACGCUUUCACGGCACUGAAAAAUGGCUCCGUCUAUGCUUUUCGUGGAAAAUAUUUCUAUGAACUUGAUGAGAAGAGUGCAAGGCCUGGGUACCCUAAACUCAUCCAGGACGUGUGGGGCAUCGAGGGACCUAUAGAUGCAGCCUUCACCCGCAUCAACUGUCAGGGCAAGACCUACUUCUUCAAGGGGAGCCAGUACUGGCGCUUUGAAAACGGAGUCUUGGAACCAGACUCCCCGCGCAACAUCUCCGAGGGCUUUACAGGGAUCCCUGAAGAUAUCGAUGCGGCUUUUGCACUCCCUGCUCAGAACUACUUUUCCAGCGAGAGAGUUUACUUCUUCAAAGGAAAACGCUAUUGGAGCUACGACUUUGAGAAACAGCCGAGCCGCAAGGACUGUGAGGAGACGUCUCCAUCGCUGGUCUUUGACCACUUUGCGCUCCUGCAGGAUGACAGCUGGGAGCAGAUCUUUGUGCAGCUGUUUGGAAGCUUGCGGAAUAGUGGGGCCAGCAAGCCACGCUACAUUAGCCAGGACUGGCGAGGGGUGCCAAGCCAUCUGGAUGCCGCCAUGGUUGGCCGAAUCUAUUUGGCCCAGAGCCCUUCAAAACGUCGCUCGAAGAAGAGGUCAUCGCGCCGGAAUCGCAAGAAGUAUCGCAACCGCCGCCGCUGGGGCCGCUGGAAGUCGAGUGCCUGGGAAUGGUCAAGCGACACCAGUUCAGAGUCCAUGGACCUUGACUGGCUACUGGGCCCCCCAUCGUCCUGCGAGCCCUUCCAGAGUGUCUAUUUCUUUGUGGGCGACAAGUACUACCGCCUUAACCUGCGCACAAAGCGGGUGGACUUCGUGUUCCCCAGGUACCCCCGCAGCAUUGCCAAGUACUGGCUGGGUUGCCCAUCUGAUGUGGAGCGGGUCUAGCUGCUCUCUUCAAACUGACACCAGCAACCAAAUAAAGCAUUCCCUUCCA